AUGGGGUUUGGCCAAGCUCUGUCGACCUUCACUCAGCCACAGCUGGCCAUCGGGAUCAUCCCAGACCAAAGCGUCAUCGUCAAGAGCAAUCGGAGCGCAAACGCAGCCCGUCCGGCGGCACCUGCCAAGGCAAGUUCCAUCAUGAACGAUUUCGAGCGCCUCCGUCGGUGUUCUGCUCUCGACUCUCUGCCAUCCUACCCUUGGGGCGACCGAUCCAUGUCCAUGGCCGUCUCUCACGCCAUGCGUUCCGACCCGCGUUCCUGUCCAACUCGCCAAACGCGCAAUGUUCCCGCUGCCGACUCCGAUCCUGAGUCCAGCAACGGACAGCCGAGACGUCGCAUAGCCGUAGCUUGUGCUCGCUGUCGCAAAAGGAAGAUUCGCUGCAGUGGCGACCCGGGAAACGGCUCCGGGUGCCAGAAUUGCCGCGCCGCUGGCGCAGACAUUAGCGCAUGCCAGUUCCACAGAGUCGGCUCUUACGUGCCAACAAGCAACAUUUACAAUUGCCCGAACCCACUUUCAGCAAGCACUGCGCUUUCCAUGAGCAACCUGUACCAUGGCCAGGCUGGCGAUUACUACGCUCCGCACCCGAAGAGCCUGCUCCCUCCAAGGGCGUAUCCCAGCUACAGUACAGUGGGCUACGAAAACGAGCCUCCCGCUGAAUCCUAUGCCUAUCAGCCUCUGCAAGUGCCGGGGAAUGAUAUGCUCACUGCAGGAUUCAUCAGCAGUGUACAGGAGCCUAUGCGAAGCUGGAGUACCAUGGGCCAGAAGCAGCAAACAUCAAAUGCAAUCUAUCUUGACGAGCCGUCCACGGCCUCCUACAGCAAUUUGCAGCUACCAUAUCUAAGUGCAACUCCGGUCACGCGUCAACAGACCCUAGCCGCAGACAACAUGUCGGCCUUCAGUAUGAACUCCCUACAGUCAUCUUUGGCUUCGCCUCCUCCCCCUCCUCACCCACCGCUGCCUUCCUCUCUGGAAGACCGUCACCUACCAGUACCUACAGCAACACGGGUACAGAUGACUCCUUCCUCUGCGCUUCAUUUGAGGGCCCAGCAGGCAUCGAUUGCUUCAGCUUCCAAUGCGCUGUCCUACACUAAGCCAUCAGCCACUACGUGGAAUCCAGAUUCUACGGUGCAGGAGAACCGUCGUUCCACUCCCAAUAUCCUUCCAAGCGGUCUUCCUAGCAGCCUUUCUCACGGCCAGUUGAUGAGUGCAUCCAGCGGCAAACAACCGGUCACAGUUUCUCUCCAAGAAAGCGCUGUUAUUGGGUACAUUCCCGUCGCGAACAGCAGCCCAGACAACUCAUCCAACCCAAGCACCUCCACGGUAUACACCCCGAGUUCUCUAUCCGGCGCGACUCCUUCUUCCCUGUCCCUCAAUGAGAAGUAUGCAACUACCGGUCUCAACGUGGUCCAACCGACAUCUUCGACCAGGGACGAUGCUAUCCCAAGGAGUGACUCAACUACAAGCUUCUCGUAUUAUGCUACGGAAAGUUCUUCUGGCAAGCGUAAUUCUUCAACCGAGCAUUCGUCACAAGAGAAUACAUUGAUAAACGGACAGCGGUAUACACCUCUUCAGCCACAUCCACCACAUACGUCUGCAGGACUGGAGCAAUUGCGCAGAGACUCCUUUGACGAUCAUCGCAAUGGACCGACCCAUAGGGCUUCGGUCUCAAGCCUCAGUGACCACCGGUAUUGA